ACGUGUAUCAAUGUCAGAAUUUGCCAGUUUGCAAAAAAACAAAUAUUUUGGGUUUGGAACAAACAAUAAAGCGUAGUAACUAUAAUUUAAGGCUUUUACUACAUUCUUUCAUUCUCAUUAUUUAUUCGUCCACAUUACAUGGUAUAUCCAUAGUAAAGAUGAUAAAUGUCUUUUGGACUUCAUUCAUAAUAUGUUUGGGUAUGAAUUAUGUACAACUCAGAGAAAUUAAGGCUAAUGCCCCUCAGUGGGAUUUAUUGAUUUUUACUCAAAGUUGGCCCGCAACUGUAUGUAUUGAAUGGAAGGAACAUGAUCGUACACAUACAUGCAACUUGCCGACUAACAAAGAUUCAUGGACCAUUCACGGGAUUUGGCCCACAAAGUUGGGGACAAUCGGGCCGGCUUUCUGUAACAGAACUUGGCAUUUUGAUCCAGAACAAGUCAGGCCAAUAGAGAAGAAUUUAGAACAGUUAUGGACCAAUGUUGAAACUGGUACUUCUACUUAUGCUCUCUGGGCCCACGAAUGGAACAAACAUGGUACAUGUGCGGCUGUACUCGAACCUCUUAAUUCUGAACUCAAAUACUUCAACAUGGGUCUCAAUUGGGUGCAGAAGUUUAUGGUUCAUGAUAUUUUACAAGCAUCAAGUAUAGUCCCGUCUAAUACCAAUGAGUAUUCGGUAUUGGAUAUGUUUACCUCAAUUAAAAACAAAUUAGGUGUUAACCCAGUUAUCGAAUGCAGGAAAGAGAAAAACAAGAGUUAUUUAGCUGAAAUACGCAUUUGUUUCACGAAAACACUUGAGUUGCAUGAUUGUGAUGGUGUUUUGAAUUUGAAAGCAAAGAUGUAUGAAGGUAAAUCAAUAUUGACUAAUUGUGAUACUUCACAGGGUGUUUUGUAUCCUCACUAUCCAAGCAAUACAUAUGUAAAUUUAUAUAAAUUAGCUAUGUGGUUACAAUGGCUUACAUUAUAAUUGGAACAUAGUCAAAUUUUAUUAUAUCGCAAUUUUUUUGCCAUCCAUUUUUUUACGAUUACAAAAUGUUCUGCAAAUGUCAUCUUAAUAUUGUAGUGAAA